AUUUGAUUCCAUAUAAAUCUUUUUACUCUUUGGAAAAACCCUAAUCAACGGGCUGGUGGUAAAGAUGAACGACGGCGGAGCUAAGUCGGAGACGCUGCUACGAGUUACAGAAAUCGAAGGAAGAGGAAGGAGUCUAGUAGCGGCACAGCCUCUCCGUGCAGGACAAGUCAUCCUCAGAGAAUCCCCUCUCCUCCUCUACUCCGCUUUCCCAUUUCUCUCAUCACCUCCCUCUCCUUACUGCGACCAUUGUUUCCGACUCUUAUCUCAAUCAUCUCAGAGAUGCCGAUCCUGCUCCCUCGUCUCCUUCUGCAGCCCUAACUGCCUCUCCUCCCACACUCCAUGGCUCUGCGAAUCCCUCCGCCGCCUUCACCAAUCAUCCUCCGCAUUCGCCGAUCAAUCUCCCGAGCGCCAAGUCCAAGCUCGGUUCCUCCUCUCCGCUUACAAUCUCGCCGCCGCUUCUCCUUCCGAUUUCCAGAUCCUGCUCUCUCUCCAAGGCGGUGGCGGCGAAAACAACGGAGAUCGUUCCGUUUCCGAGUUCCUCCACUCUCUGUUAUCCGCCGUGUGUCCGCCUCUUCCGGUUCCGAUCUCGCCGGAGCUCACGGCGGCUCUUCUUGAAAAGGAUAAGGUUAACGGUUUCGGAUUGAUGGAGCCGUUCUCUGUAUCCAACGAGAAGAGAUCGGUGCGAGGGUAUGGGAUAUAUCCGAAGACGUCGUUUUUGAAUCAUGAUUGUCUCCCUAAUGCUUGUAGAUUCGAUUACGUUGACUCUGGUGGUGGUGGUUCCGAUGGUAAUACUGAUAUCAUCAUUAGGAUGAUCCAUGAUGUUCCUCAAGGUAGGGAAGUCUGUUUGAGUUACUUCCCUGUGAACAUGAAUUACUCGAGUAGACAGAAGAGGUUGCUUGAGGAUUACGGUUUUAGAUGUGAGUGUGAUCGGUGUAAGGUGGAAUCUAGUUGGUCGGAAGAUGAGAACGAGGAUAUGGAAGAGAUGGAUGGUGGUGAAGAUGAUCAGGAAGAAGAAGAGGAGGAGAUGGAGGAAGAUGAAGGAGAAGGUUGUGGGGAUGGUGUGGAUGGUGAUGAAUCUAGUUUCCCGCAUGCUUACUUCUUUGCGAGAUAUAUGUGUGAGAAGGAGAAUUGUUUUGGCACUCUUGCUCCGCUUCCGCCGAAGGGUCAUGAUGUUUCGAGGUUUCUUGAAUGUAAUGUUUGUGGAAGUGUUAAGGAGGAUGAAGUUGGCGGAAACCCAUGAGAGACUAGAGAGGAAGUGUUUUCGAAAUCUCUUUUCAAAAUGUCGUUUGCUGUUUUGCGGUUUUGUACUUUGUUUUGGAAAAGGGAACAUUCUAGUAGCUUUGGGGUCCUUCCAUGUUUUAGGACUGUCUUUGUUCUAGACAGGCUUCAGAAUCAUUUGAAACAGUUUUGUUGUGAUAUUGGAGCAUCAGUUUUUCCUAGUAGAAAGAAAAUCACGACUUUUAUUUUACUU